AGCUCCAAAAAUUUCAUUACUCACUCUAGUUCUACCAUUACACAAACUAUAAUCUUGAUCCUUUUCGUCUUCGCUUUUUAUAUAAUAUCCUACCAUGUCGAUCGAGGUUGCUUCUGUUGAGAUUUCACCGGAAGUGGGCGGUGAAGUGAAGGAGUGUUCGGUGGUUGUGAGAGAGUAUGAUGAGGAAAAUGAUAAGGUGGCGGUUGAGGAGAUCGAGAGACGCUGUGAAAUCGGUCAGAGAGGCAAGCCGACUCUUGUCACUGACCUUAUGGGUGAUCCCGUUUGUCGAGUUCGCCACUUCCCUUCCCACAUCGUCUUGGUCGCUGAGUAUGGAGAUGAGAAAGAAAUUGUGGGAGUUAUAAGAGGCUGCAUAAAAACAGUGACAAGAGGAGCUUCAGGUUUUGUAAAACUGGCUUAUCUUCUCGGACUAAGAGUCUCUCCAUCUCACAGGAGGCUCAACAUUGGCACAAAACUUGUCCAUAAACUUGAAGAAUGGUGCAAACAAAACGGUGCUGAAUUUUCAUAUAUGGCCACAGAUUGUACCAAUGAGCCUUCAGUCAAUUUAUUUACCAAAAAAUGUUCAUACAUCAAAUUUCGUAUUCCAACUAUGUUGGUGCAACCAGUUCACGUUCAUUAUAAGUCGAUAAGUUCGAAUAUAUCUAUUAUUCGUUUACCCAAUAGGCUUGCUGAAUCAAUUUAUCGUCAAGCUUUUGCAAAUUCUGAGUUUUUCCCUAAAGAUGUUGACUUGAUUUUGUCUAGCAGACAUAAUUUGGGCACUUUCAUGGCCGUGCCCAAAAAGUUUCUUCAGAAAUGGAACCCAAGAACCGACAUUCUUCCGCCGAGUUAUGCGAUUUUAAGCAUGUGGAACACUAAAGAAGUGUUCAAAUUGCAGGUGAAGGGGGUGUCGCCAUUGGCAUAUGCUUGGUGUAUGGGUUCAAGAUUGCUUGAUGCUUGGAUGCCAUGGCUUAGGCUGCCUUCAUUUCCGGAUGUUUUUAGGAAAUUCGGCUUGUAUUUUUUAUAUGGGCUCCAUAUGGAAGGCAAAAAUGGGCCCGGUCUGAUGAAAUCUUUGUGUGCUUUUGCUCAUAACAUGGCCCGAGACGACGGCGAAUGUGCGGCCGUGGUGGCUGAAGUAGGCCCGAGGGACCCAGUGAGAGAGGCCAUUCCCCAUUGGAGGAAAUUCUCCUGGGCUGAUCUGUGGUGCAUCAAGAAACUUAGAGAUGAAAUGGAGGAGAGUGAUGAAAGAUGUGCACCGUCUGAUUGGAUGAAAUCACGAUCAUCUUCCUCGGUUAUUUUUGUUGACCCACGUGACUUUUGAUAAUUAACAGAAUUUUCAAACCAA